CCCGCCUGGGCUGGGAGUCUCCCCGUCGGUCGGCCGGAGAUAGUGGUGUACAUAACUUUGUUGGAGAGUCCUGCCUUUCACUGCCUGUGUCCUUUAGCAGUGUGCCAAAGAAGGACUCCAUGAAAGAUGACAGAAGAAGUUAUUGUUAUUGCAAAGUGGGAUUACACUGCACAGCAGGACCAAGAACUUGACAUCAAGAAAAAUGAGCGUCUUUGGCUAUUAGAUGAUUCCAAGACAUGGUGGAGGGUAAGAAACGCGGCCAACAAAACGGGAUAUGUGCCAUCCAAUUACGUGGAGCGAAAAAACAGCUUGAAGAAAGGUUCUCUGGUUAAAAAUCUAAAAGACACAUUGGGUUUGGGGAAAACCAAGAGAAAGACGAGUGUGAGAGACGCUUCACCCACCCCUAGCACAGAUGCAGAGUACCCAUCCAACGGCAGCAGUGCUGACCGGAUUUAUGAUCUUAACAUUCCAGCGUACGUGAAAUUUGCCUAUGUCGCGGAGAGGGAGGAUGAACUGUCCCUCGUUAAAGGAUCCCGAGUGAUUGUCAUGGAGAAGUGCAGUGAUGGCUGGUGGAGAGGUAGCUACAAUGGACAAAUUGGCUGGUUUCCUUCGAACUAUGUGGUAGAGGAGGUUGAGGAGGCAACUGCAGAUUCACCCAGCUUUCUCAGCUUAAGGAAAGGCGCUUCCAUGAGUAACGGCCAGGGCGCCAAAGUACUCCACGUUGUUCAGACACUAUAUCCAUUCAGCUCCGUCACAGAAGAAGAGCUCAAUUUUGAAAAAGGGGAAACGAUGGAAGUCAUUGAAAAGCCAGAAAAUGACCCUGAAUGGUGGAAAUGUAAAAAUUCCAGAGGGCAGAUUGGUCUUGUUCCUAAAAACUAUGUAGUAAUCAUUAGCGAUGGUCCUACAAUUAACACUUCACAUCCACCUCAGAUAAGCUACACAGGACCAUCUUCUACCGGACGGUUUGCUGGAAGAGAGUGGUAUUACGGGAACGUUACCCGGCACCAAGCAGAAUGUGCCCUGAACGAAAGGGGAGUGGAAGGAGACUUCCUUGUUAGAGAUAGUGAAUCCUCGCCCAGUGACUUCUCAGUAUCUCUAAAGGCAUCGGGGAAGAACAAACAUUUCAAGGUGCAGCUCGUGGACAAUGUCUAUUGUAUUGGGCAGCGUCGCUUUAAUACUAUGGAUGAGUUGGUGGAACACUACAAAAAGGCUCCCAUCUUCACCAGUGAACACGGGGAAAAGCUAUACCUUGUGAAAGCACUUCAGUGACGUUGAAGAUGGACUUCAGGCCGUUUGGGCCUCUUAUAACUUACAAGCCUUAGGUCCUAAAUUCACUUUUAUAGAGCGGAGCAAUAUCUGAAGCAGGCUUAAGGAAUAGGCUCUUUCUAAAGUGUUUGCUCUGUCAGUUGCUGUUUGUCCUUUUUUGUUUUGGUUUGCUUUUUUGUGGUUUUUUUUGGGUUUUUUGUUUGCCUCUUUUUGUGUUCAGUUCUGUUUAUCUCCGACCACCUCUCUUCAGGUUGAGAGUUUCCCCUGGGUGGCCGUGGCGAGCACUCAUCUUCCUAACUUGUGUUGAAAACUCCCCUCUCCUGUGCACGUUUACAUAGUUAGCCCAGAUCAAGGAGGGGCGUUUUCAAUUCCAAGCGGUGUUAAUCUGUUCAGAUUGCUCACGCAGGCAGAACUCUCUGCUCAGAGACAUCGGGCACAGUUUGAAUGCACUGAAGCUGCAGCUGCCUAAGUGAGAGGGAGUAGACAUAACAGUUGUGGCUGUGAGUUCUGUAGCUAUAUCGCUUACCAAGUAGUAUAUUACAAAACCUCCUAGUUCCUAGAAGCACUCUUUACACUGUACUCUGCUAUUACAUUGCCUCUCUGACUCUUUGUAAAGAGUACACUAAUUAAAAGCAUUUUGUAAUAGUACUUCUUAAACUACUAUGGUAAGAUUGUAGUAAAAGAAAACUAUCUAGUGUAUUUUGGUCUGUAAUUGCAACAAAGAAAUUUUAUUUGAAAGUUGAUUACUAGGGAAAGAAUCAAUGAAUUGUAAAGGCUGAAUGUUUUGGUAAUCUACAACCAAAUGUGCCAUCCACAUAAUGCUUUUUCCUCUUGCCCUUCUGCUUGUUUGAAUUAAACGAUUAUGUAUUUAAUUCUCGAAGUAAUAUGUAUCUGUAGCUGAUUGUUGACACUAAUA